GACUGCAGCCGGUCGCACCGUCUAAUCGCCCGAUCUAACAACCGGUAUCGCCGGUAUCAAUAAUUGCUGAUCUUUCUUCUCUUGCCAGGUUCUCAAGUCUCGUAGAGAUAGAGAAUCUCAUCAUCAAUCCUCGGAUCCAAUCCAAUACGUAUCGUCUCUUUAUAGUUUAAAGGGUCAUUGGAGAUUAUUUCGGUUAAGGAUGGCUAACAAUGAGGAUCGCGAGGAGCAUCCUCAUCCUUCUCGUGGGAAUGAAUGGGAAGUCGUCUCGCUAACUUCAUCAGCAUACGCUGCUGCUCCGGGUCCAUAUAACGUUGAAUCAAGAGAUGCGCGCAAGUUUGAUGCUUACUAUGGAGCAGAAACCUCACGCGAUUUGUUCAUGUCUGACCACUUUGUAUUCCCACCUAGUGAGCAUGAGAAUUUACCCCUUGAUGAACCUGUACUCGAAGAGGAAGAAAGAAAGGAUGGCCAAGACUUGAUGCUGGAAGGUCAGGGGUUGUCGGAUAAGUUUAGAAACACCACCAGGUUUCAGGAUGAACAGAGCAACUAUGUUGAACCUGCGCUUGGGUCUUCUAGACACAUGGAAUCAUUCGGAAGUGAACCAGUCAUGUUUGAACACUGCGGGUUAAUUGAUGCUGAGCCAUAUGAGUAUGCAGAGGGAAACUUACACUCACAUUCUGAUACCGUAACAAAUCCCCUUGGACUUGAGAAGGAUGCUAAAAAAGCAACACACAACCUUCCUUGCGAAGCUUGGUGGAGACGGAGAGCUGUUUCUAUGUAUUCACGCACAAGAGAAGCAAAUGCGAUAUGGUCCUUAUUCUUUGCAGCUGCCGUCACAGGACUCAUAGUUCUUGGUCAACGCUGGCAACAAGAGAGGUGGCAGGUUUUGCAGCUCAAGUGGCAAUCAAGUCUCAGCAGCGAGAAGCUGAGCAGAGUACUUGAGCCUCUCUCGCGCUUGAAAGACGUGUUUGUGAGAGGUAACCCACAAGCUUCUCUCAUUAGGAGUGGCUCCACCAGUGAGAUCUAGAGACAAAGGACGAUGAAAC